AUGGCGGCUCCACUCCCUGUGACCGCUCCAGGAAAUAGCAAAGCCUCAGAAGAGCGUGGGUGCAAAAGGAUCACUGCAGCUAUGGAGACGAGCCGCUGCGGCGCCUCAAAGGUCGCUCCCCCAGCUGAAAGAAAUGCCCCCGAGAGUGGCUGA